GCCACGAUGAAACUUUUUAUUCUGACCCAAGAAUGCAGUUUUAGAAUCUCCACAUAAUGCCGCCAAAAAAGAAAGGAACAGGAAACAGCAAAAAGGACAAAGCAAAAAAGAGUACAUCAGAAAAAGAUGAUGGACUUACAGAAAAGUACCGGAGAAGUGCUUUGGACGUGUCUGUUUUAAAAGAACAUCUUGCACUGAGGACCAAUGUAGCACGUCAGGCCACAGCAGUGAGAGAUGACUUGAAAAGCCAAUUAAGAGAUCUGGAGCAGGUGCUUGCUCAAGAACGUUCAGACAUGAAGGACAUCACAACAGAUCUCAACCAUCAAUAUAAAUCCAUGGAAACAAACCUGCAGACCAAAGUGAACAUGCUGGAAGUAAGUGUGAACAUGCUUCAGUCACAGCUCGCUGAGUGUCAGGUUAAAUUGAAAUCGGAAAGAGAGCAACGAGAGAAAACGGAAGCAGAAAAAGAUGCCAUAAUUUCUGACCUACAAAGCAAACUGGACAGCAUGGAGGCAGAGUGUGAGAAGAUACUGCAUGGUUCUUUGGACAGUUUGCUGUCUCACCUGGCUGAGACUCGACUUCAGUGGGAAGAUCAGAGUACAGCCAUUCAUCAGGAAGUCAAGGCCACACUCAUGGACUUUGGGAUAAACCCACUUCACAUAUGAAGACACCUUCAGUUUCGCUCUAUGAACAAAAGCAGGACAAAGAAGAGAUCUGUCCAAUGACAUCUGGCCUUUUACAUUAUAUAUUGCAUAAUGUAUAUUGAAUAAGUAAGAUUGGCUUUUAGGUCUAAAGACAUUUUAUUUUUUGUAAAAGUUGCAUUGUGUGCAUCAUAAUUCUCAUUUCAUCAAAAUAAAGGUCAAAAGGUAAUUUACAUCUGUUUCACAUCAACAACAAUUAUACAUAGCUUUUGAAAGCUGUCAAAGUGUGUUCACAUUGUUUGAAAAUAGAAGGAAGGCCCAGUACUGUAGAUCUGGUUUCCAGAUGAAUUAUCCUUGCAAAAUGAAUACUGUUCAUAUUGUGUGUAGAAUAUUCAUAACCAGUGGUGUAGUAGUGUCUGAAGAGGUGGGCAUACCUCUUGAA